AUGCUCCGUAAAUCCGCAAACCCACCUCUAGGAGGCGAUGAUGAGGGAAGUGGUGGAGAUAGGAAGGUGAGAAACACCUCAGGCGUAGAGAAUGUCAUUGAGGCCGCGUCGUUGCUAAAGAUCUCACCAACGAUAAGUUACGAUAGCAAUGUUCCAGAUCUGCGACCAAGGGCGGCGACUACAAAAGAUGGGUUCAGGUUUCCAGAUCUACAAAUGAUGGUUGAAGGCUCGAGCAUAAGAGGUUUUCAAAAACAGAUGUGCGUUUCCAACGACGGUAAUAAGGAGAUGAAGGUGGUGUCUGGUGGAGGUGUUGCUUCGAGGGUGUUUACAGAUCUUUCACUGGCGACUGUUAGGCCUGGAUUCUUUCUGAUUCUUCCACUUCCUGCAUCGAUUGAAUGUUUCUUAUCCGAACUUCUUCAAAAUCGAUCUCAACAUUCUCUCAAUUUAUGGAUGACGAACUCAAUUUGGAUUUUUGUAGACCUUCGGUUGUUCGAUGUCGAUUUGGUAUGUAUAAGCAUAUGGCACAAAUUUGAGGUGUUAUUAACGGAAACUCAUCUGGCCAUUGUCAUGGAGUAUGCAGCUGGAGGAGAAUUCGACAAGAUUACUAAUGUUGGCAGAUUCAGUGAGGACGAGGGUAAUUGCCAAAGCUCAUUGGUCAUAUGGUGGUUCUUGGUAAGGAAGAUCCAAAAAAAAGCUACUGGUACCUCAAGGGAUCGCGGCAAGUCCAAAGCGUGA